AUGGACGCAGACACGGAACAAGCGAAGAUUGAAGACACGAACCCCGAGCAACCCAAGCCUGAUAACGGCUUCCCAGAUGGAGGGUUGAAAGCCUGGACCGUGGUUAUCGGUGCUUUCUGCGGGUUAUUUGUCAGUUUUGGCUGGACUAAUUGUGUCGGCGUCUUCCAGGCCUACUAUGAAGCGAACCAGUUACAAGACUUGUCACCCAGCACAGUCUCAUGGAUACCGGCCUUGUCAAUGUUUAUGAUGUUUAUUACUGCACCUUUCAUAGGUCGAGGUUUUGACAUCUUUGGUCCGCGCUACCUUCUCCUCACUGGGACACUGCUCCAUGUUUUUGGGUUGAUGAUGGCAUCCAUAUCGUCCCAGUACUACCAGUUCAUCUUAUCCCAGGCGAUCUGUAGUCCUCUGGGCGCAGCCAUGAUUCUGUAUCCGUCAUUCAGCUGUGUCACAACCUGGUUUCGACAAAAGCGUGCUCUGGCCCUUGGGAUCACUGCCAGCGGCUCAAGCCUCGGCGGUACGAUUCUUCCGAUCGUGGUGAAUCGUUUGAUACCGCGUAUUGGCUUUGGUUGGACUAUGAGAGUGUGCUCUUUCCUCUUGUUUGCUCUCCUUGUCGUGACGAAUUUAACCGUCCGAUCACGAAUUGCGCCUCAGCCAAAGGAGAAGGGCAUCAUCGCCUAUCUCCGGCCGUUCACAUCGCUCUCGUUUGUACUUACCUCGUUGGCGGGAUUCUUCUACUCUAUGGGAAUGUUUAUACCCAUUACUUUCAUGGUAACCUAUGGCGAGCAUGUCGGCCUGUCAAAUAAUAUGGCUGGGUACCUUGUGUCAAUCUUCAAUGCAUCCAGUGGAAUCGGGCGCAUUCUGCCGGGAUAUAUAGCAGAUAAGAUUGGCAACUUCAAUGUCUCAAUAGCAGCCGCGACUCUUUCGACAAUAUUUAUGCUGGCAUUGUGGCUACCAGGGCGUAGCCAUGAGUCAGCUAUCGCUUUUGCCGCCCUUUUUGGAUUUAGCUCAGGCACAUACACCGCCAUCAGCCCUGCCUUGAUAGCACACAUUUCGGACCUCGAAGAGAUUGGGACCCGUUCUGGGACCAUGUACGCGUUUAUGUCUGUGGCUGCCCUCACUGGCAGCCCGAUUGGGGGGGCUUUGAUCUCUAGCGCUGAUGGGAGCUAUUGGAAGCUACAAGUUUUUGCUGGCUGCAUGAUUGCUUCUGGAACGGCCUUCUACAUCACUGCGAGGCUGUACCUUACUAAGGGUAGGCUGUGGGAAAAAGUAUGA